ACAGACAGAGUCUGAAAGUUGAUCUGCCGUGUUUUGUCAGGAAUUUCAAGUCAAUUCAGUGCUCAGUAAUGAGCGACAGGCUUCGCCCGUAGAGAGAGCCUCAACAGCACGCAGACCGUACAGAGUCGGAGAGCUAACCACAAGUGUCUCAUCUAUUGCAGAUUGCAUGUUCCUUGGGCUUUGUGUUCAGAGGGAUGGAGAAGCAAGCCAGGAAAAGAAGCCAACACGAGUGACCUGGAGCAAAGGAAGGGAACUUGGCAUACAUAUUUUUAUAACCAGAGGUGCAUUGAAGAUUAUUAAUAAAUAAGUUUUUUUUUAACUCUUAUGAGUUCAUGUUUGGAACUUCGACAAAGCCACAAGUUUUCUCAUGAAAUGAAGGAGCUGUCUCCGUUUGUCUUCCAAGACCAUCGGCGGAAGGAGUUGAGAGAUCGGUGACGUUCCUUUUUGUUUGUGUUUUGUGUUCAUUGGCAUGCCUAUUGACAUCUGAAGUCAUUCCUUAAAACCCAGAGGCUGGGCAAGUCCCCUUGUCUUCUUUAAGACGUCCUUGGAUCAGUUAGUAGUCAGAAGCCUGCCAGCCUCUAUCCCGAGGAGGUCCAGGGCCAUCAUCGCCUUUUGGCUUGGGUUGGUUGACUGGAUACAAUGCUGGUCUUUAGUUUCAUCCUGGUUGGCAUGUUUGGAGUUUUGAGGGGAUGCCAGAUGCCACAUGACUGGAGACCACAAACUGAAGCAUGCAGAGCAGAGCUGGUGGAGACGGUGGUGUUCGCCAAGGUGCUGGCUCUUCAUAAGGAUAGCUAUAGCGUCUACAAUUACCUGCCUUGGCAGUACAACUCCGACCUGUUUUACUCUGCUGAGAUUGAGUUGCUCUGUGAUCAGGGCUGGGGGAGCAUGCUGGAGGUGCCAGCAGGGUCCCGCCUUAAUGUCACAGGACUGGGGUACUUCAACUGUCACUCAUAUACAGUAAUGGAGAACAACUCCUACUACUUCUUUCUAAGGAUGGAUGAAAAUUACAAUCUCCUUCCUCACGGAGUCAACUUUCAAGACCCCAUUUUCACCAACACACCAGAAAACAAUCGAAUCUUUGCCAGUAUCUUUCAGUUUUCCAACUGUGCGACUGGGACGGAUCCUCAGAUCUUCUCUCCAGACUGGGAGGCUCAGGAGGACAGUAGGUUGCUGUGUGAUUCAGUUCAAAGGGCUUUGCUGGAAGAAGAGGAGCGUUCAAAGACCUUAUCCCAGAAAGUCCGUUUCUUAGAGAAAGCCAAUGCCCACCUUCGAGAGAAGGUAAAAAACCUAAAGAGAGCCCUUCGUCAGGCCACUGUGGACAGUAAAAAGGAAGUCCUCUCCAAACACCUCAUGGACAAAGACAAAGCCAUCAGUGAAGAGGAACCGAAACCAUCCAGCCACAAGAAGGUCAUAGCUAAGUCAACCAAGAAGGCAACGGGCAACAAGCUGGAUUAGGCCAUGGUCUCUGCCGUGUAAUAUCUUCUGGAGCAAUAACGCACUAAAAAGGUACCAGAUACUGAGGACUAAAUGGACAGAAAAUG